AUGACUUCGUCAAACUCGAGCUCAAAUCCAACAACAGUCCCAGACUUUGUCGAUUUGUAUUAUGCAGCCUAUUAUGCAUUAAUGACACCAGUCAUUUUUGACAUUUAUUCUUAUGGUUACAUUAUUCUUUUUAUUCUCGGUUUUCUUGGUAAUAUUAGUAGUACUUUAACAUUUGCACGUAAAAUGUUGCGUAAAGUAUCAACAAGCAUAUUUUUCUUAUCAUUAUCCAUUUCGGAUUCAGCAUAUUUAUUGACAUGCAUAUAUGAUUUCGUACAACUAGGUCUGAGAAUACCAGAUCGAUCAUCAGCCGAUAUGUAUCAACGCCUAUGUCAAUGCCGACAGUUCAUCGCUAAUGUUGCCAUCAAUUGUUCAGCAUGGACGUUGUUUUCAAUUUCUGCCGAUAGAUGGAUUCGAACAAGAUUUCCAGCCAAAGCAAAAUCAAUUUGUACACAGAGAACUGCAACAAUAACCCUGGUUUUUAUUCUUCUAUUUUCUGCUGUAAUGAACAUUCAUUUCCUAACACCAAUGUUUGGUGCAUUAAUUCCUGGUUAUACAUUGAUGUGUGGUCCCAGCGUUUAUCAAGCCUAUAGUCCUUAUUAUAACUUUUAUAUGUACUAUUGGCAAAUUAUUCAAGCAGUCGUUAGUCUUGUUAUUCCAGGUAUACUCAUGAUGUUGGCACUUGGCGAUAUGUUUUUCAAUAUCCAAAAACGCCGUCAACGUCUUGCUCAUCAUGGUAAUGAGGAAUCAACAGCCAACACUUUGAAUACGGUAAAUACUGCUGAUGGAUCAAAAGUAAAAAGUGGUAAUUUUGUUCAAAAG